AUGUCUACGACGCCUCGUAAGCCCAGUAUUCCGGGCAGUGCCACCAAAUCCUCGACUACGGAGAAUUCGACAGUUAACGGGACACCAUCCAGAACCCAUUCCCGCUCUCCUAGCACAGCAACAAAUGGCGUCACUCGUUCUCCCUCCCUCCGUUCGUCGACACCUGUAUCUGCGCGCGCUGCAGCCCGAAAGCCGGGUCGCUCCAACCUAAGCACCUCAAGUGCUCCCAAAAUCACACCCAGCCCCUCCGAUGAGGAAGCACGAGCCCAGAACGCAGCACUCAUUGAUGACCUCAAAGAACAACUGCAGAAGGCCGAGACAGCCUCCGAACAAUAUCAGAAGCAACUAGGUGUCCUUCAAAUGCGACUUGACGAGGCCAUUAGCGAACAAGGCAAAUUGGAAGAUCAGAUGCACGAGAAGGACAGCAAGCUUGAAGCGCUCAACGGUGAAAUCCGCGACCAUGUGCGCCAGAUUCGCGACUUAGAACAGGCCCACGAACAAGAGCGGAAUGCCAUGCUGCAGGAGAAGGAACAACAAGCAAGUCGGGAGGAGGAGAUGCAGGCGACCAUUCAGCGCCUCAAAGAAACGUUGGCUCAGAAAGAGCGAAUCAACUCCGAUUCAGACAAGAAUAUGUCUCGCUCAUCAAGCUUCCGUAACCGAUCGUCUCCAGAUGUGGAUGGACAAUUUGCGCCCUCGUCUCAGAUCGAGCGAAGCCCCUCGCGAAACAACUCCAACCUACUUCUGCAGAAGGAUAAGCUGAUUGAAUCUCUCAGGCUCGAAUUGGCCGAGUCCCAGAUCAAGCUUGUGGAGAUGGAAAACCAAGGCGGCGGCAGGCAGCGAGAACUUGAGAAGGAGCUUCUGGAGGCUCGCAUGGCUAACGCUCGCUUGAUGGAGGACAAUGAAAGUUAUCAAUUGCUUCUGAGUGAGCGAACCUUAAAUGGCGAUUUUACCAAGGGUGAUUUCAUGCGUGAGGUCCAUCCUGACACUGCAGACGAGGACACCAAGGAAGCUGGCAGCGGGUUGGGUUCGCUGGCUGAUGAGCUUGAGUCUGUAGAUGCCAGGGCUGAAACGGACAACACGCGCAAGCUCGAGUCCGAGGUCAAGGCGCUCAAGGACCAGAACAAGGCCCUAACUCUUUAUAUCGAGCGGAUCAUCAGCCGCCUGCUGCAGCAUGACGGGUUCGAGACGAUUCUCGAUAAGAACGAGAACGACCCGCCAGCCAAGAGACUCCCUGUCGGUCAUAACAAGGAUCUACCACCCACUCCGUUAGAGAAAGAGGAACCUUCCUCGCAGACCCUCCUUCAGCGGGCCAAAUCGGUCGUUGCAGGCGGUCCGAACUCCAAUGUUCCUCGUCCUCAGACCCAACCCCGGUCACGCCCCACUAGCUAUAUGCCACCUCCGACCAGUGUGCCCACCGCCCACGAAAAUCCGGAGACAGCACCCAGCAUCCCCCUGCGCGCCCAGUCAAUCCGUGGUCACCGCAGGACAAGAUCUGAGCAGACAGACGUUAAUGUUGCAGCAGUUGUCGGUCAGAUGUAUCGAGGCCGCAACUCGGGAGGUCCUAUCAGCCCUACCCUCAUGGGACCUGGGUCACGCCAAAGCGCUUUCUCUAACGCAAGCUACAUGUCCAGUAUGAGCGCCAGCAACCGUGCGCCUUCUCUGUCAAGCCAGCCCGAACAUAGUCGCUUGAGCAGCUCAGGUAGCAUCACCAGCGAUCAUGCCGCAGAUACUGCUUCUACGGGUGCAACUUCCAGCUCUCCGCGCUCCAGCAAUGGUAUGACCAACUACACAGGCGCUGUGAUGACGCAGAACAAGUUGCGCCCUCUGCGUCUUGUCAGUGAAACCACCAGAUUGGCAGAAGAGGAAGAAGCUGCUCGGAAGAAGGCGAACCGCGGAAGCUGGAUCCCGUGGUUUAACCGUCCCGCUACCAGCAGCGACCCCCAGUCCCCCAUCUGAUUGACCUAUCUCAGGCUCGAUCACCUCAUCGCUUGGAACGAUACGAUUGCAUGAGGAUACGCCAGUACUCUCUGUUCUUUCCAUUAAUAUUUCAUGCUCCAGUGGUACUAUUUGCAUGACCUCCCCGAGAUAUUUCCCCUACAGUCAUCAUUCUUACUGUCUCUUCCAUUAACCUUAUU